AUGACUGACAACCUACCCAAGAUCAACUUGAAACUUACAUUCCUAGCGAUACUACCACACUUAGGCAAGUGUAUAAUGUCCGCGUUCAUCAUAUCUAUGACCACCCCCAUGACGAGUCCCGAGAAGCGCCCGACGCGCAUCGUCAUACCGACAGGCACCGUUCGACUUCCGGUAGCGCCACCGUCUCCUUUCUUCGAUGGUAUGAACACGAACAUCAACACUGAGCCCUUUCCUGACAUUGGAAGCGAUUUCAAGUUAGAUGCGGCCGAGAAAGCGGAGCCAUUGCACUGCGUUCUGCACUGUCAAGAGAGCGUUUGCAAGCGUAUGACUCUUGCCGGAUUUGAUCUUCCGCCAUGCCGAUGCACAUUCGAGGAUGCUCAGCCAGUCAAAGUCCCUGCGUCACGCCCCAAGGGUCAUGUUGACGAUCCGGUAAUGGACGCCCUCUCCGUCAUGGGCACUCACGUUGUCCCUAGCGAAGAGCUCGAAAUCCAACAGGCAGAUAUCACAGGCUGCUGUCUCUGA